UUAACAAUAGCGCGCGGAUGAAUCACAUGGCCAUGGGUCAAAAAAAAAUUUGAAUUCCAGCAGAUUAAUUAAAGAUGGACCUGGAUGACAUCGGAAUUCCUUCCUUGGUGCCGGUUAGCCAGCUUGGCACACAACCGCAACAUGCGCCGCCGCUUGCUUCUGUUUCAAAUAACCCGCUGACCGGAGGCGGGAUUCCACCUGGAGGUAGUUCCUUGUCCUCCCCUCCGAGCAACCCCUUGAUGACGUCGCACAACCCGCUCAUGGCCGGGCAACAGCCCUCCGGUGCAACUAAUCCUUUGCUUGCCGGAGCGCCGGCGUCAAAUCCGAAUCCAACUCCGACAGGAGCAGGAGGACCCAGCUCCAGUACAACUAGCUUUUUCGGAUCUGCUGCGGGUGGUGGUUUGUCCUCUUUUCCAGCAUCAUCUGCGACGCCACCGUUGCAACCCACCGGGCAGUUCAGCAUGACAACUUCUGCGGGAGUUGGUGGAAUGCCUAUGACUAUGCCAGGAGCUGCAAUAUCAAACAGUGGCCAAAUCCCUGGGUCCGCCGCGGGUGCCGGGCCGCACCAGAACCGCACUGCCGCGCUCGCGAUGGCCGAAAAGGCGGGCGCGCUGACGGGCACACUGGUGGGGGGCGCAACGAAGUUCUUAGCCGCGGGGGCUAGCCAGGUGCUGCAGAGUGCCAGCGAGCAGAUGCACAGAGGAUCAGCAGCAGGUGGAUCUUCCUCGAUGAGUUCCUCUGGAGGAGCAGGUGGUCUACUUCCUGGGUCGGGGGCUGCAGCUACGGGUGCUAGUGUACUUGCAAGUGGAAUAUCCACAGUAAAUUUCCCGUACAGGUACAAAUGUGGUCUCCGCAUGACAAAACUUGGCUUUGAUCCUAGUGUAGCAUGACAAGUUUUACGCUCCAAAUGCAAAUUGGUGAAAUUUGUGAUGCAUCUUGUACAUGUACGGGAAAUUUGUAUUGCAUAUGGAACAAGUUCUGCUGCAUCCACUCUUGGAGCGGCAACGGGUGUGCUCUCGUCCACCGCUUCGAAUUUGAUGCAAAACGCGCUCUCCAGCACACUGCAGUUCGAGGACCCUUCGCAGAUAAACGCGGGUAAUACCACCCUCUACAACGCGUUACCGGACGCAAAGCCACCCGAGGUCGUGGUAGAUACCAGUCGCCCAGUGUACGUGAAGAUCAACCGGACAGAAACGAAACUUAGUUUUCUACUGCAGGAAUACACAGACUACGUGAUAGAGGUGCACGACUUCGGCCGGGACCGCAUUGUGAACCACAGGUAAGGAAAUGGAAGAUCAUUUGGUCGCACUGAAGAACACCAAUCGUGUGGGUAUUAAGUGCUCCGCGACAACACCCAUGGCCAUGAAAAAUUUCCGCUAGACCCGUUCAUCUCAAGGCUGUUGGUUCUGUUUUUAAUCCACACUGUUGUACAACAAGAAACUGCAGAUGCAUUUGCAUGAUUUCAGGUUCAACGACUUCUUCACCCUGCACGCGGCGCUCACGCCCCUGGACCUAAACCUGCCCGUCUUACCGCAGAAAGGGAUGGACAGCACCGACCCGGUGGUUGUAGAAGACCGAAAAGCGAAGCUGAGCAUUUUUCUCCAGUACUGUCUGAACAGCGAGGUGAUCCGACUGGAAAAGCAGCUGCACAUCUGGAAAUUCCUCGAGUUCGAAAACGCCGGCCUGUCCGUUUCGCGCUUCGUCUUCGGGCCGGACUUUGUCCGCAGCAACCUGUUCAAAACCUUACCGAAGCUGUGUGUCGACGAAAAGUACGCCACGGAAGUGUACCGGCUGGCCCACCCCGAGGUGCUGCAGAUCUGCACCGACCACAUUCUGAACGGGAACCCGCCGGAGUGCUUGGCGCAGGCCGCGCAGUUGCUGACCGGGGCGGUGAAGGUGGGCAAAUUGAGCGUGGUGGAGCAGUUGCAAGGCAAGGUCGGGUUCCUGCAAAGGCUGUUCCGGGCCUUGGACGUGCCAGAUAACUUUCCGUAUUUAUACUAUCGGUUCUUAAUACAGCAUGACAAAGUGCCGAUUUCCCAGCUGUUUCUGUAGCACUAGCAGUGCAUGCACCUGCACGACGAAAAAUUGCGUUUUGAUGCUUCUCCGUUGAUAUAAAGAAUUAGAAUUUUAAAAAUUUGUGAAGCGAUCAUUGACAGCUGAUACAACUAGCACGCAACCAAUGCAUUCGCUAGGUCUAUUCGCGGUCUGUUGUCGGCGAUCUUGCUGAACAGUGGCGACUAUGAACUGCAAAAGCAUCCUCGUACUCGUACUAAUUGCGAUCAUGCAUUUACAAAUCUUUUUCUUAGGGCAAAUGCGCAUUACAAAUUCACUUUGUAAUGCUGAGCCAAUUUGUGUUGCGAUUUAUACUAGUGCGAUACUUUUGCAAUGCAUAGCGACCAAUUUCCCCGGAUCAUGACCGCGACGCUAAUCGAGUAUCCUGUGUAAAAACGUGCCCGCCCCAUAGUCAAGUUGGGCACUUAGCAACACAAAUCUAGACGUUUUGGGGGCCACGCAUGACAGGUUGCAGUGCGUAGCGUAGUGCAGGUUAGUAAGGACAAACGCAUCACAAAUCCAUCUGCUCAUCCUGUUUCCAGCAUUACAAAUUCCAAAACACGAAUGGAAAUACCUCUCAUGAUGGGUACCCGCAUUACAAAUGUUUCUGUAGAUGGAAAUCUGCAUGACAACUCUGCGGUGGGGACGUUUUUGGUUAGGAUAUCGAGGCCCGGGAGGUCAUCCUGCAAUUGCUCCAUCCCCAGAGACCGGCGGUGGUGCAUGAGCUGCUGGCCAAGCUCUUCUGGUUCGCGUUGGAGGACGACUUGAAGCAGUUUCUGUUCUCCGAGUCCGGCCUCGGGCUCGUCGUCGCACUGUUCAGCUCCCCGGACCGCAACACGCAGAUUGUGGCCUGCAUCCUAUCGGGCAACGCAAUUAUUUCCGGGGCCUGCGAGGCUAGUCGCGCGAUCGAACUGCUGGCGAAGACGGAAGAGGUGUGGGCCGAAGCGACGGGUUUGAGUACUACUACCGGCGGCGAGCAGCUCCACGACCCAAAUUUGCUCAAGUUAACCGCGGCGCUCUGCACGCACCAAACCAGCCUUGGGAGGGUACUAUUUAUACAAUCAGUGAUUUUUGACAGACGCGAGGAGCCUCAGCAUUUUCAUGCUUUAUUUAACUUCCACUUCGUUCUUGCGUCCGUUAGCGUUAGCGUAUCCGUAUGUAUUGCUUGGGAAUAGAAUUAGAAGCCUCGUUGACUUACUUGUCGGCCUCUAUCUUUGAAGUGAGCGUUUUGUAUGCGAUGAUGUUUUGAUGUACGCACAGCCUUAAAGACCUUGUUCGUCGACAAACAAAUCGGAUUUUCAAUUUAGGUUUCCACCCUCUUAAUCGAUCCCCGGUUUGCGAAAUACGGGCUCUGGCUCCUGCAGAAAGCGAACCUGAGUAUGCGCAACCUCCAGCAGAUCAGUGCGAAUUUGACCCGCAUUUUGGAGGUGCCGGACCACCCCUGCCGGUUCCAGGCCGCGGAACUCCUUUUGAACUCGCACAACAACCAAGCAGCGAACGGUGCAGGCGGGCAACAGAUGUUCGACAUCUCCAGCAACCUCGACGGCCUGCCCGCGUUCGAGAAGUCGUAUCAAGUGCAAAAAUGUCUGGGUCUGGAAAGUUGGAACUUGUGAUGCUAACUUUGGACUCUAAAGAAAUCUGUAUUGCAUGACCAUCAAGAGGAGCCACAUUUGUGCUACGCGAGGAGGGCAUUUGAUGUCAUGCGGAAAUGGCAUCAGGAAGCCUUCCAAAAAUCUGUGAUGCUGGCUCAUGCAUUACAAGCAUCAUAGGUCAUGCCAGACAAGCAUGACAAGCCUUGAUUCUUCCAGACUCAGACAUAUUUGCACUUGAUAAGUCCUUGGAGAAAGCGAUUCUGGAUCCUCUGGCGGUUUCGCUGGACAAAACCGGUGUGGACAUCGCUAUGCGUUGCAAAUAAAAAAGUAUCGUACUCGUAUUAAUGCGAGUCUAGCAUUACAGAUCUGCUUUCUUACCUGAAACUGCAUGACAAAUUUCAUUUUUCUUCUAUGAAAGAUUUGUCAUGCAAUUCAUACUAGUACGAUACAAUUAUACUUUUGCAUUGCAUAAUCGCAAAAAUGAAACAAAACACCAGCUGGCAGGUCGACAAGGUCUCCUCCAGCUUCCCGAAACUCGCAGUGGGCAACGAACAUUUCCAGGCCUUUGAGAAAACGCUGGCGGCGUACCUACUAGAAUCAAUCCCUCUUUUGGAAGAUUUCCGUUUCAUACUUAGUUUCAAGAGGUCGUAUUGAGAACAAGAAUAGGUAGAUGACGUACUUAUAUAGCCAACACGGAACACGAACAUCCGGCGUUGGUGGCGCCGUUCUUGUGCGACUUCCAAAUACAGUUUGACGUCGAGAAUCAAAUAAAAGAAAGAUCGUACUCUUUUCGUUUAUGAAUUGUCAUCUCCCUACUUACUCUCUACACGACAGGUAUUUGUCCAUCCAGGGCGAGCUGAAAACGUCGGUGAAGCAAAACGAUGACUACGCGGGCGACCUGCUGCGCAUCGCCGAGAACUGUCGGGGGGAACUGAACCUGCGCACGUUUUCCGACGCGGAGUAUCCCAGCAAAAAGUGUUAACGUGAACGGAAUUUGUGAUGCAGCAAUACAUCGCAAAACAUAAACAUGCCAAAAUUUGUAAUGCAUAGCAUGCAUAUUGGGCUACAUUUGUGAUGCAUGACUGCAAUUUGUGAAAACCGUUGAUGUUAACGCUUUUCCUUGUGAUACGGAGCGCGAUCAGUACAUCAAGCGGCUUGCGGGCCUCGAGGUGACGCAUGGUCAGGCUGCGGAGCAAAAGAGGGACUUUGGCGAGAAGGAUGGGAAGUUGCAAGAGCUGACCCAGUCGCUGCAAGCCAAGCAGAAGCAGAUCCAGGACCUGGAACGCGGGUUGCAGCAAUUGAACGUGUAUCAAAUGCAAAAAUGUCUGGGUCUGGAAACUUGUGAUGCUAAAAUGUGCAUGAUGAAAACACUUCCGAAUGCAGUCCAGCAUGACAAUUUCCCAAAACGCUUUCUCAUAGGCAAUCCGCAUGAGAAACUGCGUUUUUGCAUGACAAAAGAGGCUGCGGCUUUUGUUGGUUAUGCAAUACAGAUUUCCCAGGAAUGUAGAGCUAGUAUUACAAGUUCCAACCUUCCAGACCCAGACAUUUUUGCAGUGCAUAACGUGGAAUCCGAGCAGAAAAAACGGCUGGUCGCCACCCAGAAACAGAUGCUGCAGGCGAAGCAGCAAAACCUCGGAAACGCGGGGUCCCAGGAUCAAGCGACGCAGAUCCGGCAACGCCUGGAACAGGUGCAGGAAAGGCAAAAAACGCUCGCGAUGGUCCACAUGAAGGUGCAGCAAGGGGAUCAAUUGAACAUAGGUAUAGAUGAACAAGCGAAAGCGUUUUCGAAAUCUUGCUAUAGUACUUCUCAGCUGCCAAGGCGGAGGGGCUGCGUUUAUCUUGCUGCGUAUCAAUUACAAUUAGUGUACCACGCUGAUGUACUACUUGUACGAAAAAUAAAGAUCCUGGAACUUUUUCCACAUCCUCUAGACCCCUACCUCACUGCCGCUGGCUUAGCCGUUGCGGCCCAGGGACGCGCACAGCAGGUCAAAGUGGAGCAUGCCCACUGGAAGCAGCAGGAAGUAGCGCUGAAUCAACACUUGGCGCAACUUAGCAAUUUCGAUCCGAGGAAGCUGCAGGAGGAAGUCAGCUUGUAUAUGAAAAUUUUUAUUUUGUUUGCGUCGAGCAGUUGUGCAGUUGAUGCUGGCAAGGUAGACGAGGUCAGCGAAUUGGUCGUUGUUGUACACAUCAUUGUGUUUCUUGAAGAUCAUGUUGUGAGAAAAACAAUAUGUAUAUGUCGACGAAGAGUUGAAAUAAAACAAAAUGACCGUUUAUCAGAUUGGAGCGGCAGAUCAACGAGAACGAAGCAUUUCUAUUGCAAGUGGACGGCAAGAAGGCCACCGCGGGCGGAAAGCUGGCAGAGCUUAUGUCAGUGCACAACUCCCUUCACCCCUCAUUUGUCAUGCAAAACCCAAAACCCAGUUGCUGCCCUGUGGCACUGUUUGCAUGACAAAUUUCAGAAGCCAAAACAGUACUACAUCAGGUAUUGAAAUUUGUCAUGCAAAAAUUCCACGUGUACUGGUGUUUGUAUUGCUGUUCAUGCCAACAUACAAAUGAGGCGGAUGGGGGGUCGGGGUUGUGCACCCUCAUAGAGCUGAAGGUGGAUUUUGAGUCCGAGCGGCACCUUUACACCUCGCAGAAGAAUCUCCGGGACGAGCUCAUGCGGCAGGCACACCAGAGCGAAACCGGGGUGGCGGACCAGCUGCGCAGGGCACAAGCGGAGAUCCAGCAACGUCACGAGGGUAAAAGUAGUAGUCAAUCGAUUUGAUGCAGCGUAUGUGCCAGGAGGUCGGCGUCCUUCAAAGCACUUGUUCUAAAGAUGAAAUGAAAAAAAAACUCUAUGACCUCACCCCGACGGCUCACGCACACCUUCUCCGUCGCCCACCGCGAAUAAAUUAAAAUUUAGGUCUGUCCAACUUGAUGCGUGCCAGCAAGGAUCUGGGCGCGCGGAGUGGCGUUUUGGAAACGAAGAUGCAGGGGAUCAGCCGGCUACUCGAGUCGGAAGUCGAGCACCGCCAGAACUUGCGGCAGACCAUCGCGUCACUUGGGCAGUAUUUGACGCAACUGGACUACGAUUUGUCGCAAUUAGGACAGCCGGGAAGCGGAGUUGUGAGCAGCCCAGCCACGGCGCCGGGGGGCGCAUUCGUGUCAACAUCUCAGUCGGGGGUCCCAGCAGCGGGGUCGUCUCCGGCAUCUGCUACCGCUGCAGUAGGGGCAGUUCCUCCACCGAUCGGAGAUUUUUCGAUCGCAAAUACGACAAACAGUAUGGAAACUACCGCCGCAACUAGUUCUAGCAGCGCCAGUGCCGCGGCUACAAGCCUCGCCGUGAAAAAAGGGCUCUUUGACGACGAUCCGGCACCGGUGCCGGCGGUUGCACAGAAACUACCCGACACACUAUCCAGUAGUUCGACCGCGGACUCCCAGAAUGGUGCGGUGUUUCCGGCUAGCUCUCUAGAAGUUCAACCGACAGCAGCAGGUGAGACAGCUCCUCAACCAGUUGUACCUCCCCCAGCAGCAGCAGCUCCGGCAACAAUCGACGGAGUUGCACCCCUUGCCACAGGAGUGACCGUCCCUGCAGCGCCUCCAGCGGUAGUUGACCCGAAUUCCGCGCAGCAGUCCUCUGAAACGAGCUCCAGCGACUUUAACAUGAUUGACGAUUUAUCGGCGCUUACCUUGGACGUCGGCCCGUCGGCGGCGCCGGGUGGAGGUGCAACUACUGGCGCGGAGGCACCGGCACUCAACAAAAUGGACCAGAUCUUCAAUGACGAAUUUUUCGAGUAGAAAAAUAGCCGGGAGGAGAAGUAGAUUAUACAGGCUGGAAAAGUGUUGUAGCGCACGAAACUAGAUGUAAGAAAAACCGAGCUCCGUCCGUGAUAAAUCUAAGUUCAGGCGGGCUGCAUCGAUACGAUAUCCAUCGAUACUUCUUUCGAAGAAACGAAAAAUAGAAACGAAAUUGCCGCGUCCGGGUGGCAAAGCAAGCUCCCUACGGAUGGUGGCGGUGAGUUUUUGCUCAGCACUCCGCUAAUUGUUUUCGGAUUCGGGAGUUUGCCGUUUAUAAAUUUGAAUCGGCAUAUUUAUAUUUUGCGAUGAAAAACCCUUGUUUUUCCUUUCCGAUUUUCUCAAUGAUCACAAGAAUGACACGAAUAUUAAAGACGAAGUGCAACAAAUUAUACAAACAAAUUGGACACCCCGAAUUUUCUACAUGCUAAUUUUGAAUGUAGAUUGGGGCUAGAAAUGAUGAAAGUUGGGCUGUCAUUUCGAAUUCGAGAUGUCAACUUUCACGAUUUUUUCAAGAAGGAGUCACAGAGAAGUUUUAGUUUUAGCAUCAUGCCAUUAUUGAGCAGCUGAUGCGUAAAAGCAUAAGCUUACUUUUUUCCUUCGGUAU